GUAAGCCCCGCGGUGUACGGAUUUUUGAUUUCCUGACAAACACUCUUCAGUUGAUUGAAAUGUGAAAAUUUAAAAUGAACAAUUACAGAAUACAAACAGACGUCUAAAACAACUCAUGUCAUCUUAUCACUCGUAUAGUGGUGUUGCUUAUACAAACCAAAGUUCAAUAGCGAGUGUCUCUGCUGAUCUGAUUACACACCGUGGUGUUUGGCGUAAAAUCAUAUCAAUAAUCGUUUUCACAGGAUUUUUGAUCACAGCAUGGGCUACUAUUGUACUACAUGCAAUAAACUUUUCAAAUGAAAGUAUUUUAGAGUUAUCUGUUUCAGUUUCUAUAUUAAUUGCCGGGCAAUAUAUAAUAACAGGAAUCGUGGAUGGUAUCAUUUAUUGGAGACGUUGGAAUGCAUCAAGUCAACGUCAACGAACAAAAAUGCAAGAACAAAAUAAAGAAGCAUGGGUACUCAUGCGAAUCACAUUGACCGUUUUAGGGAUGGCUCCCAUAGCAAGAUACAUUGAAUCUUUGGUCAUAGUAAAAAGAAUGAUUAGUUUAGAAGAACAAUAUAUGUCUGAAACAAUAGCUUUUGUUAAAGAAGUUCAACAACCAUCUAAUCUACCCAGUGGAUCAUUACUUAGUGUACCAAUUACAAAUAAUCAAUUAUCUCAACAAAGAAAAACACCUGAUAUUGUCAGUAAUCCUUCAAAAAUGAAACAAUUAGACGCUGGAAUUCAUCAUGUACGUCGAGUACGACGUCAAUUUUGUCGUACGGAACAUGAUGCAGCCAUUAUAGCGUUAACUAGUGGUGUAGUUGGUGCUGGACCAUAUGCAAUAGCUCAAGGUAUAUUGUUCUAUAGAAGAGAAACAAUGCGCUUCUUUAUGACAAAUGAUACAAAAAUUACUCUUCUCAUAUGUACCAUAUUUUCUAUGUUAUGGAUAAGUACAAGUUUUACACAUUUCUAUCCAGCAUCAUAUCAACAAAAUAGAAUAGAAUUUGAACGUGGCAUUGGACAAGUUCAUAUUGGUGGAUUAAUUUUACUAUUUAUUGUACAUUUAAUACAUAUUACAUUACGUUGUUUUUCAAUUGCAUUAUUUACUGGACGAUUUUAUCCAAUGAUAUUAAUUAUAUUAGGUGGACAUUUUCUUAUUGUAUUAAUAACAAUUAUGAUUUCUAGACAAUAUACUAGUCGAUUGGAUCAUUUAAAUCAAGGAAUUGUUAAUACACGUGGUGAUGUAUGCGGAAAUUUCUUUGUUGACUUACUUCAUUCCUAUAUUAGUUUAUAUGAAUUUUUCAAUGCUAACGUAAAAUAUACACGAACACGAUAUUUAAUCUAUUAUUUCUUUUAUUAUCUAGAAAAUUCCAUUAUGAUUGGUCUAUGGUAUGAUUAUUAUCAAUAUCCUGAAUCAUGGUAUUAUUUACCAUGUUUAUUAGUUGUUGUAUUAGUACAAUUAUUAGGCUUCAUUCUAUUACAAGUAUAUUUUUAUAUUGAUCCAAAAUCACGGCAUAAAACAUCAUUGUGUGGAUUUUGUUUAACACAUAAAUCAACUGAAAUCCCAUUAGAACAACAAUCAAUGCCACAACAAUAUCGACAGCAGUCUUCAACAGGUUUAAGAAGUGGUGAAUCAAUGUCGAAUUAUAAUCGUAAUAGUUAUAAUAUUAAUAAUAAUAAUAAUAUGAGUAAUAAUUCAAUGCCUAGAACCGAUAUGAAUACACCACAAUCAUUAAUAAAUUUCAAUCGACUGCAAUCAGGUACAUUAAACAAUUAUCCAUCCAUAGAUAGUAUUAAUUAUACAGUAAAGCAUGUACACAAUGGUAGCGGUGGUAUAUGUGAUCCAGUAUUCGGGGAACAAAUUGCUCAAACUGCUGUACCACUUCAAUCACGCAAUCAUCAUCAUAUGAAUAAACGUAAAAGUAAUUUAUAUCAAAAGUCUGCAGAGAUGAAUCAACUGAAUCAAAGACCAUUAUCUGAAUUAACUAAUUCUUAUAAUUCUUAUUCACGAUCAACGACGGCAAAACAAUUGACCAAUGUAAAACAUCGUCGUUAUGCAUCAGAAACACGUCAAAAACAAAUGGAAUCAAAUGUCAAUAAUGUAAACUUAAAACAAAGAACUUCAUCAUCUAGUGAAAGACCGAUAUCACGUAUAAGUAAAUCUACAAAUAAAGAUUAUAAACAAUCGAAUGAUUAUUUAUCACAAGAAAUUCCAUCCUAUGUAAAAACUAACAAUGUACAAAGUUCAUCUGACGCGGCACUGACCAAUACAAAUUCAAGGAAGUCAGAUAAAAAUGUUGUUCGUCAUCAACCUAGGACUUCACAUAACAAUAGUCGGACAGUACGUAGUCGAAAAAGAGAAGGACAAUCUAUCCAAAAAGAAUAACAUUUCACUUGAGUGGAUAUUGGUCAUAUAAAACAACAAAGAUUUAUUCAUUUACUCACUUGAUAAGAUUCCAUUCAUGCUUUUAUAUUUUGUUCAUAUUACUACUACUAUUACUUACUGAGCAGUGUAUAACUUAAAUACUACUCUUCCAAAUUAUCAUGGAACUGAACUAUACUACUACUAAUAUUACCGUUAAAAAUUUAUUACACAUAUUUAACAGUAUUUACACCAGAUAUUUUUAAUAACUUUUUAAUAUAUUACUUUACAUACCUUCUACUAGCAGUAGAAAAACUUCUUCUAUCAUAGAUCUGUUCC